UUACAUUUAUUUAAAAUUGCCUUCCAACAGAUGGAUGUGAUGUGAGGAAUUCCUCGGAGAGACAUCUUCUAUUAUCUGCUGAUUGUAAGUCAGAAGAUAAUGUCAUCACACAGGAUCCUCCAGGAGGAAAUCCAAAUACACAAAAUAUACAUCACAGACCUUCCUGUCCGGAGACAUCAAUGGAUCCCUCUGAUCAGGGGGAAUCUUCUCAUCAAUCACAUACUAUGAUAGUAAAUAUCCAUGUAAGAUCUCACACUGCAGAUAGAUCAACAGAUCCUUCUAAUCCCGAGGAAUCUUCCUCACCCCAUGAAGGAGAUCACCGAGGUGACCAUCUAUUCUCAUGUUCAGAGUGCGGGAAAUGUUUCAGUGAGAAAGGAAAACUUCUUGUACACCAAAAAUUUCACACAGGUGAACGACCUUUUUUAUGCUCAGAGUGCGGGAAAUGUUUCACUCAGAAAGGAGAUCUUAAUGUACAUCAGAGAAUUCAUAAAGGAGACCGUCUGUUUUCCUGUUUAGAGUGUGGAAAAUGUUUUACACAGAAAAUCAAACUUCUUAUACAUCAGAGGAGUCAUACGGGGGAGCGUCCCUUUUCCUGUUCAGAGUGUGGAAAAUGUUUUGCACAGAAAUUUGCUCUUCUUAUACACAAGAGAAUUCACACAGGUGAGCGGCCAUUUUCCUGUUCAGAGUGCGGGAAAUGUUUUUCAGAUAAAGGAAACCUCCUUAAACACCAGAGAACUCACACGGGUGAGCGUCCCUAUUCAUGUUCAGAGUGCGGAAAAUGUUUCACUCGGAAAGGAGCACUUAUUGAACACCAGACUAUCCACUCGGGUGAGGGUCCAUUCUCUUGUUCGGAGUGCGGAAAAUGUUUCCUUUAUAAAGGUAAACUUGUGGAACACCAGAGAAGCCACACGGGUGAGCGUACUUUCUGUUGUUUGGAGUGCGGCAAAUGUUUUUCUGAAAAAGGAAACCUUUUAAAACACCAGAGAUGUCACACAGGCGAGCGUCCUUUUUCCUGUUCAGAGUGCGGAAAAUGCUUCACGCAGAAAAUCGCCCUCCUUGUACACCAGAGAAGUCACACGGGGGAGCGUCCCUAUUCAUGUUCAGAGUGCGGGAAACGUUUUACUGAAAAAGGAAAACUUCAUGUACACAAGAGAGUUCACACGGGGGAGCGUCCUUAUUCGUGUUCAGAGUGCGGGAAAAGUUUCACUCAGAAAGGAGAUCUUAUUGUACACAAAAGAAUACACACGGGCGAGCGUCCUUUUUCAUGUCCAGUGUGCGGAAGAGCGUUCACUAAGAAAGGAAACCUUGUUGAACACCAGAAAAGACACACGGUUGAGCGUCCUCAGACUGCGGGAAAGGUUUUGCCAAAAAAGACUAAAAAGACAUCAUAAAGAAUGUUAUGCGAUAUGAAGGUGCCGCACACCAACAAUGUGUGAAAACUGGAAAAAGGCCUCAACCUCUGCUCCUCCUAAGACCAUAUAACCAACGAGUUUCGUCCCACCCCAGGAGCUUAGUCCUAGAGGUCAUAUAGAGCGUUAGGUAUUUUGACAAAUAUGUAAUGGAUCUUAAUAGGUGGAAUGAUUUAGUCCAUAGAGAAACCUGUAGGAUAAAAAAUUUAGCUGUCACAAGAAAAUUUUAAGUUUGAGCCAAGAUUUUUCUUGGUUGCUUCUGUUACUUGGAGACUCUGAUACAGCGCUGAAGGUGGUAGCCUCUGACUAUAGGCUACACAGGUAUGCAGAUCCAGUGUCAUGAUUACCUCUAACGCAGGUGAUCAGACACUACAGCUGGCUUCUGUGUUCUUCACCUAUAGCAGCACCCUUUCCUGUAAGGCAAGGAGGGCCUACCUGUACUUGGUUGCCCCCAGGACUUGUAGUGCCUGGCCACCACGCCAGGGCAUGCAAAACUGAGGAAAGCAAACAGGUACUUGCUGUUCGCAGAUAGGCAAGGAUUAGAAUAGUCAAGGUCAAAAUCUGAAGUAAAAAAAAAACAGGCAGAGUUCAGAAAACAGUCUAUAGCCUAUUCAAGGUCAUCAACGAGGUAAUACAAUCUAGCAGUGCAUACAAACCGGUAGCUGGAUGAGGUAUUUACACAUGCUAUCACGAGCGUGAGAUUGCAGGCUUGGCUGGCUUAAAUCGGGUUUGGUCUCCACCCAGAGACUGGCCACAUUCAUCAAGGUGCAGGUGGACAGACAGACAUAGAGACGGUCACAGCCAAAACCAGGAUGCUGGAAUGAGGAGCAGGUAUGCUAGAUGCUUCUGACACCCAGGAACUCAAAGCGGCAUCGAUCGUGUCAUCCCUUUUAUAGGGGGACAAAAUCGAUGCCGUCACACCUACAGCCACA